UUUUUUAAAGAGUCCACUGCCUUCAAUGGCAAGUAAAUGUUAACAAUUGAUUUCCGGUUGGCAUUUAUAUUUUAUUUCUCGUAUUCAAUAUUGACCGUUUUCAUCCUUGUUAAUUAAUAAUGAUCAGUUAUAUUCUAUUCGUUCAAGAAAUAUAUAUUUGAAUCAUUUAAUGAUGAAAUUUCAUAAUCCAGAUUGGAUAUUUUGUUGAAUUAUCAUAUUCUUAUAUUGUAAAAGAGUGGUUUGGCAACAUUGCAGAGCUAGAAAAGGAUAGGGCUAACUGUUUUGUGGAAUGAUGGACAGGGAUAGCAGCAUCAAUCGAAAGCUGCCAUUAAACGUCAGAGUAGACCUAUUAUAGAACAUCGGCCAUCUUUUCAGUUCUACAUACACUGUGAAAUAUGGCAGCCAAUAACUAUUUUGGUUUUACACAUAGUGGAACUCAAUAUGCUCCAACGGGGGCGACUCCGUACCAGACAACGCAGCCGGGCUAUGCGGCGAUGGCCCCUUCUGCGGCUGCGGCGAGUUACCCACAGCGUGCGGCUCCAGCUGCUGCAUACGAGACCGCAUAUCCUGCGGCUGCGGCCGCUUCACACGCUCAGUCUGCGCCCUAUGCCGUGCAAGCCGGCACGACAGCUCCAAGCACUGGAUACGACUAUGCCGGGUAUGCGGUGGCCCGCACGACCCAGCCGGCCUACGACCAGGUCACGGCCAAGACCUAUUACCAGCAGCAAGCCACUGCUACGGCGGCCACCUAUGCUAGCACCGACUACACAGGAAGCGGUGGAGGUGCCAAGCCACCAGUGCCGUACAGUGGCGGUAGCUAUGCGGGGGCGGGACGCGGUGGAGCCGCCUCACAGAAGCCGGCAGCGGUUUAUGUGGCGGCCGGAAACAGUCAGCCGCCCAACGGCGCGGCCACCCAAGGCGCCUAUGCUGCCACCGCUUACGGCCAGCAACAGCAGUCUCAGCAGUCGGCAAAACUGAUUGCGAGCAGCUUGCACAGGAACCUGAGCUCUGUAGCCGAGUACGCCCAGCCAACUCAGCAGAGAACUGCCGUAACAUUCGCUCCAAAGCAGGCGAAGAAGCCAUUCCAGUCGAGUGGCGGGGGUGGGGGUGCAGGAGCAGCGGCGCAGACUGGCAGUGUGGCAGCAGUGACCAGCUACCAGCAGCCGACGGCAGCCGUCAGUGCUGCCAACUACGGCCAGACUACGUUCAGCAGUGCCGGCGCCGCCAAAACCAAGCCGGGCAUCGUCAUGUCUAAGCCAGCAACAGCGACGUAUACGAACUACGAUGCAGCGCUGUACAGUGCAGCGAGCAUGUAUGUGGCCCAGCAGACGGGCGGUGGUGGGGGCGGGGGCAUGAAGGGCGGCUACAAGAAGAUGGGUGGCGGUGGGAACAACAUGUCGAAGCCAGCCCGCCAAAAGUUGCCGCCAAAGCCUCAGCAGUUGCACUACUGCGAUGUAUGCAAGAUCAGCUGUGCUGGUCCUCAGACGUACAAGGAGCACUUGGAAGGGCAGAAGCACAAGAAGAAGGAGGCGAGCAUGAAGGCGGGUUCCACCCUGGCGGGGGCCGGGAUGGCCACUCAGGGGGGCAGGGCUGGCAAUGCGUUGCGCUGUGAGCUGUGUGACGUCACAUGCACCGGCUCUGACGCCUAUGCGGCACACAUCAGGGGCGCCAAACACCAGAAGGUGGUGAAGUUGCACACGAAGCUGGGCAAGCCGAUUCCAGCUAUAGACCCGAAGGCCGGACCGGCCAUCACUGGCACCAAAGCUGAAACCACCGUUGUCGCCAACAAAAUCAACUUUGUUGCUUCUGGCAACCUGGGAACAGUAAAAGCAGAGUCUGGAAGUGGUGGCGCGACCAGCAGCAACCAGCAGGCGACAACAGCCGCGACUGCCGGCAGCCAGGUGGCCACUGACAAGGAGAGCGAUAGUAGCGCGACUGCAGCCGCGGCGGCUGGCAAGAACAGUGAGGAUGUUGACAUGUCUGCCAACGACAACAUCACUCCUGUCGGUCAUGAGUACAUUGAGGAAAUACUCAACGACGAAGGAAAGCCGAUCAGCUUCAACUGUAAGCUGUGCGAAUGCAAGUUCAACGACCCGAAUGCAAAGCUGAUGCACAUGAAGGGGCGCCGCCACCGGCUGCAGUUCAAGAAAAAGGUGAACCCAGACCUGGUGGUCGACGUGAAGACGUCGAUGCGUCAGCGUCGCAUCCACGAGGAGAAGCAGCGCAAGCAGGCCAUGCGUGACGACUUCUACCGCCGCCGCGAAGAGGAACGAAUGAUUGAGGAAGAGCGCAUUUACUGGGAAGAGAGACGACGCUAUGAGGAGGAGAUGGAGUACUAUGAAUGGUACAACAGCCGCCGCCAUCUUGGAGGCGGAGGACCGAGGGGACCGCCCCCUCCUCCACCCCCGAUGCCGCCUCCACCGCCUCCCUAUGGACAUCCUCCUGGCGUUCCGCCCCAGGGACCUAAGGGAUUGUUUGGAGCAGUGGGGCCAAUGGGAAUGGGAAUGGUAGGAAACAUUCGCCGCCUGGAGACGCAGAGCAAUGACGACCGGCAUGUGAUUGCGCGUCACGCACAAAUCUAUCCGAAGGAGGCCGAACUGCAGGCCGUGCAGAAGAUUGUGUCGCACGUGGAGAAGGCGCUCAAACUGGUCUCCGAUCAGCUCACCGAUGUCGGCAAGUCCACGGCAACGGCCAAGGGUGCUCCGCCCCCCGUCCCUGGCGCACGCGCCAAGAAGGACAACAUGUCAGUCACUUCACUCAACUUAUUAAUUAUAAUAUUUCUAGGUAUCACUAGCAAAAAGAUAACUCUUUGCCCAGGUGUCACACUUCGGGAAGCUUUAGAGAUACUUGAAGGGGAUGACAUCGACGGCGAUCCAUCACAAGUCUUCAUUGAACCACCGGAUGCCAACAUACAAUCUGAUGCUGACUCUGGAGAAGAAGACGGUGGAGGGUACGUCAAUAACCUUUCCGGGAAGCAACUUUUGUCGAACGCAGAGAUUGUUUUCAACUCUCAACCAGAUAAGUCUACUCAAGAAAUUCCACCGAUUCCUUCAACAUCAACAGUGCAGGUAGCGGCCAUUGUUCCGGGCCAACUGAAGGCAGUGGCUCCGGACGACAACUACACGGUGACAGGCAAGCCGGACGAAGCGGCGAUCGAGGUGGCAUGUGCGACCGAUCCCAAGCUGGCCGUCACCAUCACGCUCACCUCGCCCGUCGUCAGGGAGCAGCUCAUUGCAGACGCCGCCGCUGUCACCAGCAUGACGUCAGGUGAAAGUGACGGUGCAGGGGGGGCAGGGACCCCUCAAUCGCGGGACCCCCCCGAUCUUCUCGACAAGGCCAAGUGUCUAGAGGGUCUGGCUGCCCUCAGGCAUGCCAAGUGGUUCCAGGCUAGAGUUAAUGGUCUGCAUAGUUGUUUGAUGGUAAUACGUGUGCUGAGGGAUCUUUGCAUCAGGAAUCCCACUUGGGCACCACUCAACUCCUGGGCGAUGGAGCUUCUGGCUGAGAAGUGUGUGAGCUCGGCAGGCAGGCCGAUCUCAGUGAGCAAUGCUUUGCGGCGCAUCAUGGAGGCCGUGGCCAGUGGCCUGCUUCUGAGUGGCCCUGGUCUGAUGGACCCCUGCGAGAAGGAGCCCACCGACGCCAUCCAGUCGCUCACCCCACAACAGCGCGAGGACAUAACUGCCUCUGCUCAGCACGCACUGCGGCUGAUGGCGUUCAGACAGAUACACAAAGUGUUGGGAAUGGAGAUGCUGCAGCCGCCGGCCAAGUACCGCGGCGGAGGUGGAGUGGGCGGGCAGCGUGGAUUCGCACGCAAGCGCAGGCGCGACAAUAGCACAGGCGAAGGCAACGAGAGUGAAGCCGGAGAUGGGAAAAAAGACAAGAAGGAUGAAACGGCUACUCCAGUGAAAAUGGAGAAAUGAGUACAUCCUCUCAACCGAUAGGAUCUCUGUGAUUUAUGUACUAUUUUAGUUCUUUCUAAUCAUACGUCCAUUGUGACAUAGAAUUAUUCAAAAUAAGAUCGCUGGUUGUUACAGAAAACUUUGAUCAUUAUUAUGCUUAUCACAGUCUUGAUAAAUUAUUAAUCUGUCUAUAAAACUAGAUUUCCUAAGGAAAUACUAUCCCAUUCAUCAAACUUCAGCUACUCACAGCUUCCACACUCGACACCCUGUACUGAGGAAUACUGUACUAAUAAUAACUAUUCUGCAAAUCUAUGUGUUUUAGUUGAUUAUUAUAUGACGUAGUUCAAUAUUACUAUUACAUAAUUAAUCGUUCGUAAAGUAUUGAUGUGAAAAUAUUAGUCAUGAGUUGAUGCUAUAGUAGCUUACUCGACCCUCUGUAAAGUGAUUAUUGUUUGCUCUAUGAAAAUUAGGUAAUUUGUAAUCGUUCUCUUUUCAUUUUGGACUGAUCAUUGGAUUGUAAGGAUGAAGACUAUCAUUAAUAUGAAGGAUUGUAAGAACACUGAAUAUUGUAAGGAAAUUCUGUACACCGUAGAAUUUUUGUUUUUUAUAAUUUGGGUUUCACUUCCAUUAGCUGCUGAGCAUUGUGGGAAAGCCGAAAGCAGAAAAUGCAGUCUUUUAGUUGAAUGAAAACCAAUAUAAUGAGUUUUGAAGCAAUUGUUUAUUUUAGAUGUUUGAUUAAAUGUUUUUUUUU